AAAUAAUUUAAAUUAAAUAGCAAUAAGUCCUAUAAUAAAUAAAUAAAUAAAUAAUAAAUAAUAAAUAGUAAAAAUAAUAAUUUUAGUAAAUAAAAUCAAAAUACAAAAUAUUAACAAUAUAUUGUUACUUUAAAAUAAUAAAUAAUAAAUAAUAAAUUAUAAAUAAUAUAAAAUGAGUGUCCCAUUUCAACAAGCAAUUCAAGAACUACAAAGUAUUUUUGGUGAUUUCGAUAAAGAAAUCAUUGAAACAGUUUUAAGACAAAACAAGGGUCAUAUGGAAAAAACAAUAGAUACUUUAUUAGAAAUGAAUGGUGAAAAACCAAUCAAUGAAAAUCCAGAAGCUGAUCAUAAUGUUGCACAAAUAGAACAGGAUGAAGAUUUAGCUAGAAUGUUACAGAAUGAAUUAUUUAUUAAUCAAUUAAGAAAUGACGAAGAUUUUUCAUCAUUGUUUAAUAAUGGUAAUAAUAGAUCAAACCAAUCUCAACAACAAUCAUUAGAAGCAUUAAGACAAGAAAGAUUAAGACAGGACCGUGAAGGUUUUUAUGAAUUUCAAAGAAAACAACAACAACAAAGACAACAACAGCAACAACAGCAACAACAACAAUACCGUCAACACAGCUAUGAUGAUGAUGAUGAAAUAGAGGAAGAUGGUCCAAGUACCUUCUCACUCAUUGAGGAGGAUUUUCAAGAUCUCAAAGUGAAAUUUAACCAACUUGGGGAAGCAGCAAAAACUAAAUUUAAAGAGUUAACAGAUAUGUUUUUAAAGAAAGAGGAUGUUAAAUAUGAACCAGUAAAAACAAAGGAGGAAAAAGAUGACGAAGAAGAAGAAGAAGAGGUCAUAGUAUAUGAUAAAUAUAACAAAACAACACAUCAUAGAAAUGUUAGUAAUAACAGCAACAAUAAUAGUUUUAAUAGCAAUAAUGAUAUUUUUGAUGAAAAUAAUAGUAAUAAUAAAACUACAAAUCGUAGAAACAAUACAAUCAACGAUAGUAACAAUUAUUCAAUUAAUAAUGAAGAGGAAGAUGAGUUUGACUCAUUUAUUUUAGAAUCCGAUAGAAAUAGGAAUGUAAAUAGAUUAAGAACAAUUAAUAAUUAUAAUGACCGUAAAAAACAAGAUUAAAAUAAUAAUAAUAAUUAUAAUAAUAAAUAAUAUUUAAUAAUUAUAUAAUAAAGAGAAUGUAUAUUUUUAAAUUUUUUUAAAAUCUUUAUAACAAU